ACGUCUUGAAGGGUUGUCUUCAUGCAUUACUGUACUUCUGCUCUCGCCUCCUCGCGAGGAAAAGGACCAGCGGUCCGGCAUCCACGGCCACGAUGACGCCGUCUCCGGUGUCACUGAAAGAUGUGCUAGUUUUGUCACCUGCCUUCUUCAUGGCACUGAUGUGUUGUUGCCCACUCGUUGGUAUUGGCUGAAGGUGGCCGGUGGAGAACUGUUUAAUUUGCUAGCAGAGAAGGAGUCCCUAACAGAAGAGGAGGCUACAGAGUUCCUCAAACAGAUUCUGGACGGAGUCUGCUACCUGCACUCCAAACACAUUGCACACUUUGACCUCAAGCCAGAGAACAUUAUGUUACUGAACAGAGCUGUGGCCCAUCCUCGCAUCAAGCUCAUCGACUUCGGUCUGGCACACAAGAUCGAUUUUGGCAAUGAUUUCAAAAACAUAUUUGGCACCCCGGAAUUUGUAGCUCCAGAGGUAGUCAACUAUGAACCGCUCGGCCUGGAGGCAGACAUGUGGAGUGUUGGAGUGAUCACCUACAUUCUGUUGAGUGGUGCAUCGCCGUUCUUGGGGGAGAAUAAGCAGGAGACUCUAGCUAAUGUGUCUGCGGUGGACUACACCUUUGAUGAAGAGUUCUUCAGCAGCACCAGCCUCCUGGCCAAAGACUUUAUCACCAGGCUGCUUAUCAAAGACCCAAAGUACAUGAUCUCCUUACUCUAACCUCUGACCCUAACC